AUGGAAACGGAGCAAGAUGUUAUGGUGAAAAAGAACAAUAACAUGAAGAGACGACGUUGUCGACGACGUCAACGGCAACAGCUUGAACGUAUGGUAUUGGAGCUCACUGAAAUGCGGCAGGAUAUUCAGCAACUACGUGCCACAGAGGAGAGCCAUAACGGCUCAAUAAAAACGUUGUUCCUCAGUCUCGGCGAUACUGAUUUCGUGGCAGAAAAACUUCAAGUGAAGACGGCCUCAACGACAUCGCUUGCCUCUAUUUGGCUUCGGUGGCAAGCAUAUGAUGAAUACUAUGAAGAUGAUUACGAAGAAGCAGACGACUUCCGUAGUGAUGACCAGAGAUACGAGGAUGCGGAAAGUGAGCGGAUGAUACACGAGCUCUUCCUCGCCGCUAAGAAGACGAAUUGGACCAAGUCGGGGAAAACGAAACCGGAUAAUUUCACCAAUCCGUUUGAGGUGUACGAUUAG